UGACCCGGAAGUGCGGGCUGACGUGCCACUGCUUCUCUAGAGGCGGUGGAAUAAGCAUGGCCCUGGAAGGGAAGAACAAACGGAAGAAAAAGAGUAGUGCCGAGGAGGGAGAGAACCCCGACGGCGGCGUUCGUGCGAGUCUGACCGGAGACUACCUGGUUGGACAAGUCGCCAAUAGCUUGUUCCACGGCAAGCGCCCCUCCAGAGGCAGCGCAGGUCGGCUGGCGUCCCUCUUCAACUCUUCUGAGCCUCAGCUUCCUCCUGUGUACGUGCCUGUGCCUAAAGAAACCACCAAAAAAAGGAAACAGAAUGAGGAGGAAGAAAUUACAUCCCAAAUUCAAAGACCACUUUUGCAAGAACCUGCAAAAAAAAGGAAAGUGACGAAGAAACUUUCUGAUGCAGACAAAAAGUUGGCAAACAGAGAAAACGCUCUAGCACGUGCUGAUUUAGAAGAAGAAAUUCACCAGAAGCAAGGGCAGAAAAGGAAAAAUUCUCAAUGUGGUGUUAAAGUAGCAGAUAAAAAAGUACUUGAUGAUGUGGAUCACACAGUAGUACAUCAAAGAAAGAAAAUUGAAACCAACCAAGAAGAAGAGAGAUUAAAGAAUGAGAGAACUGUGUUUGUUGGGAAUUUGCCUGUCACAUGUAAUAAGAAGAAGCUGAAGUCAUUUUUUAAAGAGUAUGGACAAAUAGAAUCUGUACGAUUUCGUUCUCUGAUUCCAGCAGAGGGAACUCUGUCCAAAAAGUUGGCAGCAAUAAAACAUAAAAUUCAUCCCAAUCAGAAAAAUAUUAAUGCUUAUGUUGUGUUUAAGGAUGAGAGUGCUGCUACAAAAGCACUGAAAAGAAAUGGGGCCCAAAUUGCUGAUGGAUUUCGUAUUAGAGUUGAUCUUGCAUCAGAGACCUCAUCUAGGGACAAGAGAUCAGUAUUUGUGGGGAAUCUCCCAUACAAAGUUGAAGAAUCUGCAGUUGAGAAACACUUUUUGGACUGUGGGAGUAUUGUGGCUGUAAGGAUUGUGAGAGACCAAGUUACAGGAGUCGGCAGAGGGUUUGGCUAUGUGCUGUUUGAGAAUACAGAUGCUGUUCAUCUUGCUCUGAAAUUAAAUAAUUCUGAACUGAUGGGAAGAAAACUCAGAGUCAUGCGUUCUGUUAAUAAAGAAAAAUUAAAACAAAAUUCAACUCCCAAUUUGAAGAAUGUCACUAAACCUAAGCAGGGACUUAAAGCCUCAAAAAACGUAGGACAUUCUAAAAGUUUAUUUAUUGGAGAAAAGGCUGUUCUCAUUAAGAAGAAAAAGAAAGGACAGAAGAAAAGUGGAUGGACUAAGAAAAAACAAAAGUAGCAAUCCGAAGCUUUGUUUUUUCCCCACUGAGUACUGGUAAUAAAAGUGUGUUGA